AGAUAAACCAUAUUUGAAAUAAAAUCUGAUUAAAGGUAAGUUUUUAGCAGAGAAAAGGGGAUAUCUUGGGUAUUGCCGUUGUGUGUUUAUCGGCGGAGCGAUUGUCAGCAGAAAGAACUAAAAGUGGUCCCCUCUGUCUUCGUUUAACCCCUUGGGUGUGUUUGAGAGAUUCCUAGCCAAAAAAAAAAAAAAGAAAAUAUUUUUCCAUACAACGCAUUGUUGAAUAAUUGAUCAAUUGAUUACGAAUAAUGUCGGAUGCCAUGGCUGCUCCUUUAAUUCCUCAACUUCAAGAAAUGCAACAACAAAAUGCUAGUGGCAAUUCUGCCAGUCAACAGCAGCACCAGCAAUGGGCCAAUUAUAAUGCCUGGUAUCAAAGCUAUGGCGAUGCCAGUGCCUAUCAACGCUAUUAUCAAUAUUAUAUGCGCUAUAAUAUGCAGCAACAACAGCAGCAACAAAAUCAAGGGGCAAAUGGACCCCCAUCAAAUGCACCUCCAGGUUUUAGCAAUGCAGUUUUGCCAAAUGGUGGCCAAGAUAUGCCACCAUUGCCAUCGGGACCACCACCACCGCCACAAAUGGGUGGAGCGGGUAAAAUGGGUAAUCAGCAGCAAAAGAAUUUUGGAGGCAUUAAAUUUAAUCUUAAUCAACAAAAUCGUUUGGCAAAUGCCCCCAAUCCCUUGCAACAACAGCAACAAAAUGGCAACGCCAAUUUCAAUGAAGGAAAUAAUGCCAAUAACAGCAACAUGAAUAAUGGUGGUGGUAAGAAGAAACGUAAGCGUAAUAAGAAUAAGCAAAAUCAAAUGCAACAACAACAGCAGCAGCAACAGCAACAAUUAAUGCAGCAACAACAGGCAUUUUAUGAAGAAAUGAAUGGUAUUGGUGGCCAACAGCCCAUGCAAACGGAUGCAGAUAGUUCCUUCAUGAACAUGUCUGUGCCACCACCACCACCAAUUAUUUCCAAUGUCGAUUUGAGUAAGCCACCACCACCAAUUGCCAAUGGCAACAUGCAUCAGCCAAAAGUGGACAAUGCUGCCACCAUAGCUCAGCAGGCAAAUGCCGCAAUGGCUGUUGCCUCCAGCACCAACAGCACAUUCAAGAAACCCAAUGCAUUCCACAAUCCCAAUGAUGCUUGGCCCGAAUCUUUGAAUAAUUAUGUGGCCCGUUGUUAUGCCAAAUGUAAUACGGACUUGGAUAAGGAUCAAAUUGACAUCUGUCUAAAGGGUAAAAUUAUUGCCGCCGCCAAUCGUAAUGAACUGUGGACCCGUGAUUGGGAUAAUGAACCCAUACCCAGCGUGUAUAGUGAACGUAACAAUAUCAAUAUUAAAUUGCAAAAGCCAAUGCAACAACAACAACAGCAGCAGCAGCAACAACAUCAUCAGCAGAUGCAAAAUCACAAUCAACGUAAUCCCUUCCAAAAGAAUCAUCAAGCGUCGCCGGGAACGGGUAUACCCAUGGAUCAUUUGAAGAAUAAACAAGGUGGUGGUGUCAAUGCAGCUGCUGGUCUGUCGCGUAAUCUAAAUGCCCGUUUGGGCCAACGCAACUCAUUUGGUAGCAGCAAUGGCAAAUUGAAGAAUUCCCGCAGUCGGUCGCGUUCUCCCUCGAAAUAUCGUCACAAACGUUCAUCGCGUUCGCGUUCGUCCUCUACGUCACCAUCUCGUCCACGUAAAAUACGCCGUUCAUCAUCUUCGUCUAGUUCCUCUUCUGAUUUUAUACCAUUAUCCUCUUCCAAUUCAUCCUAUUCGAAUAGUAAGAAACAACAGAAGAGAAACAAGAAGUCCGCCGAUUCCGCUAGCAAUGGAGGUGGCGGCAGUUCGUCUUCGGGUAAAUCUAAAAUUCCAUUCUAUUCGUCAUCGUCAAUUGGUGGCGCCAUAGAUGAUGAUUCGGCACGUCUGCAGCAACGGGCUGCCCGUUUCUCGCAAGCCAGUAACUCAAAACAGGUUGUUGCAGUUGCCAGUUCACCAUUUGGUGGUGGCAGCAGCAAUGCAACAUCGUCGUCCUCCAAGGGCCACAACAGAAAUUCGAAAAAAUUCAAUCAUUCUCGUUCGUACAUCGACGAUAGCGAGGGCGGUGAAAAUGGUUUGGAUUUGAUGGAUUUACAUAUUGUGGGUACUUGUCAUGAUUUGGAAAAAUCAUUUUUGCGUCUAACUAAGGCUCCGUUGCCCUGUGAGGUGCGACCAUUGGAAGUAUUGGUGCAUUCGUUGGAAAAUGUAAAACAAAAGUGGCGUGCAAAUCAGGAUUAUUUCUAUGCUUGUGAUCAGCUGAAGUCUAUUAGACAGGAUCUAACGGUUCAAGGUAUACGCGACAAGUUCACCGUUGAAGUGUAUGAAACACAUGCCCGUAUUGCCAUGGAAAAGGGUGAUCAUGAAGAGUUCAACCAAUGCCAGACACAAUUGAAAAUGUUGUACACAGAAGUAGGAGCCAGUACCAAUACCUUGGAAUUUACAGCAUAUCGUAUACUCUACUUUAUAUUUACCAAGAAUACCUUAGAUACCACAACUGUAUUACGCUCGAUCACACAAGCACAACGAGAGAAUCCUGCUAUAGCUCAUGCCUUGGAAUUCCGUUCCGCCUGGGCUAUGGGAAAUUACUGCAAAUUGUUCCGUUUAUAUAAAACGGCACCACUUAUGGCCGGACACUUGAUUGAUUGGUUUUUGGAAAGAGAGCGCAAGGCUGCUCUGAGGACUAUUAUCAAGGCUUAUCGACCCAACAUCACAGUUGACUACAUUACAGAUCUAUUGGCAUUUGAAUCACGUGAUAAAUGCAAGGAAUGGCUUAGUGGUUUCAAUUUGCCUUUUGUAGGUGCAGAUGGUGCACAAAUUGACUGUAAAAAUGCUUCUGCCAUAGCAAUAUGAAUUCGAUAAACCCCCCAAGAACAUCAAACAAAUAAGGGCGCAGUAAUGGUGCCAUUAUUUGUUAUAGAUGGACGUGUUAUUUAGAAAAAGAAAACAAGCCAAAACUCAACAACAAAACACAGACAGAGUAAAAAGUUGACUGUUUUUGUGAUCUAACGAAUGACCAAUCGAACUCUCUUUAAAAAGGUGUUUGGUGGUUUUCGGUAGACAUUGAGGACGGUCAUACUUUUAUUCUUUUGUAUACAGCAGAAAAAAAAAAACGACAAACAACAACAAUUUUUGUACAGGACACAACAAUUUACAACCAUGCGCUGCGCUCUCUUCGUUACCAAAACCUGAAACCAAUCAAAUCAAACCGCCGACAAUUUGAAUUCUUUGCAAGACAACAAACAAACCAAUCCUUUAACACGUAAAAAUGAUGCACAACAAAAACAUAUUUUCUCUUACGAACCCGGUGGGCUUCCUCGACACAAAAAAUGAAAUGAAAUGGACAAUGUGUGUUUAAUUUCUUCGUUGUCCCUCCCCCAAAAUUUCCAAUCAACUCAGAAAGACGAUUUGAAACACACCACUAUGUUUCUAAAGUGAUUAAAAAAUGCCGAAUAGUUUCUUAUAACUCUGUGUUGAAUUAGGGAAAAUUUGAACAAUGGAACUUUUUGUUCUGAAAUGUGUGAAGAAGACACAUUCUUGUAUCUUGCUAAAAAAAUAUUCUCUUAAAAGACAUUCGAAAUUGGUAUUUGAGAAGGAAUUCUACACCAAUCCAUAUUCAAUAUACGCAGUGAAAUCUUCUACAAUUUUGUAGUAAUGCUUGAUUAAGAGUUGGACAGUUAAAAUUUCGUCUUUUUAAAUUGUCACGGUGCCAUACGCAAAUAUGUUUUCAAAUAAUUUACGCGUUCGUAUUAACAAAAACAAAUGCAAAUAUAUACCAGAGUUCUUCAUGGAAAUAUGCAGUUGCCGACCAAAUAAUUGGAUGUAUGGAUAAAUUCCCGAUGGAACCAAUGCGUCGAUCUGUUAACCUGAAGCAAAAUUUCACAAGUCUAAUUUAAAUUUCUUCAACACAUCAACGGAAAUAACAUUUUCAAUCAUUAAGGAGAGAUCAAUCAAGAUCAGAAUAUCCUUCUCCGUAAUAAGCACUAUGUUGAAAUUGCGAUAAUAACUGAUACGCUGAAAAUGGAGAUAAAAAGAAGUAGUGCUCAAAGCAAUUUAUUAAAAUCAUACAUUUAUUGCACUAUCUCGUAUAGAACUACCUGGUUCGUUGAACAACUUGAACCAUCCGGAUCUACAAAAGAACUACACUCAACAAAGUUCUCAGAGCCAGCAGUGGAUUUAUUUUCGUACAUUUCCUUAUCCAUCUCGCAUCGCGGAAGAUGUUCAAAUAAACUUAAACGGAGCUGAAAAUUUAAUAAAUUGCUCUUCUCCAGUUAUAAUGUCAGAUCUGACAAGCACGUGGAAAGAUUUUUGCAGCUGUGUCUGGAAUCCAAAAAUUUAGUGCAAAAGCAAUGUGCAGAAGUGUAGAAUACCGAGUACACUGGAAAAGGAAACCUCAUAUGGUUUAGAUGAAACAAAAGCUGCUUUGGAAAACGAUUCGAUUGUCAAGCAGAAAUACAACGUACGUCUGUUCAAAAAUAUAUGCAUGGCAAAUAACAACAGGAGGAUAGUCGGAACACAAAUGAGUUGAAAAAAUUAAGGGAAUGAAAUAAAAAUAAAAAUGUAUCUAAGAUGCAAAACAGAUCACUUCUCAGAUUUCCUGUGUAAAUUUAACAUCUACAAUCAAUGGACUAUUCAUAUUGCCGGUUUCAGACUUCAUGGGAUCGGAACAGAUAAAUUCAGCGUUGAAUCUUAGCCUUUCGUUCAGAAAAUUGGAUUUGCAUACAUGCAAAUAUAAAGCAUCGAAUCCAUUGAAUUGAGAAUUGAAUCUUAGGAUAAUGGAUCAAGUUCAAAUUCAAAUCAAAAGAUGAUUUCAGAACAUGAUAUACCUGGAUGGAAAAGAAAAGCAUUUCGAUUUGCAUACAAAUAAUGAAAACCUCUUUUUUACGAGAGAACAGGUUGAUGAAUUAUACCGCCGGCAUGUUCUUAUUAAAAUGUCAAAAGAUCAGUCUUCUUACAAUGCAGGAUAAAAAGAAAAGGAUUUGCAUUCGCAUACUUGAAAUUAAAGCCACAUUAUUGCGAGGGAACAAGUGUGAUGAACUUUAUCGCCGACAUGAUCUAUUAAAAGGUUAAAGGAUCAGUCUUUUUACAAUGCAGGAUGAAAAGAGAAGGAUUUACAAUUGCAUACUUGAAAUGCAAGCGACGUUAUUGCGAAGGAACAAUUUUGAUGAAUUUCACCAUCGGGAUGUUCGAUUAAAAUGUCAAAGGAUCAGUCUCUUUAUAAUGCAAGAUCAAACUUCACUGUCAUCGAGAAGAGUUGAAAAUCUCUGAUGUUUGCUUUCUGCGAUAAUGAUGGAUUUGGCGCUGUAAAAUAUGGAACUGUUUUAAAUCUAGGCAGAAAUUGUCACCCACUUCGAUAUUUUGUUUUCUUACAUUUUCCAAAAGCAUAUUGAGCUGCACAAGUCCUGCAAAAUAAAAAAAAGUUGAAAUGAAAACAAUUUAUGGAUAAAGUUUCGAAACAUUGAUCCUUGAAGCAGAUACUUUUGCAAAUGUCGCUGUUUUGUCUCCGUUCAAAAGGAGUCCCUAUAUAGUUGAACAGUUCUUGUAAACAUGGUGCUACUUUUAUUUUUCGAAAGAGAAUGAAGCUUAAGUACCGUAAAUUUCAAUGGAAUACCGGCAAGAUUAUUGAAGCCAACUGCAUGUAUUGGAUUCCCUCAGUUUUCUAAAACUUGUAAUGGUUAUGAAAAAAUGAAUACUUUUCCAACACCAAGGACUUGAUAACACUCCGACACCAAAGCAGUGCAUUACAAAAAAAAAAGAAUAAAGAUAUGAUCAUCGCCUUAAUAAGGCAAAAAUCAAAAAAAAAAAAAAAAAAAAAAGGAAAAAAAAAUGAACUGUUUAAAAAAGUGUGCCAUAAAAAUAAUUCAUAAACAAAAAAUACAUGGACAGUAUAAGCUAAAAAAGUUAUAUGAACAACAAAUUGUCCACCACGCCCCAUGAAAAAGCCCACCCAUAAACGUCGUCGUUCAAACAAUAUUUCCCCAUUUAAAACAUUUAUUUCCAAAAACGCAUCAUCAGAGAUCAUAAUUUAGAUAGAAGCAGUGAAAAAUAAUUUUCUUAUAGAUUUCCUCCACCCACCUCCUUCCCUUUCCAUGUAACACUUACCCAACAGUCCUCCUUUUUUAGGUUUCUGCUAUAUAUUCUAACUUAUUGUUUUUAAUUUAUUUCUAUUUAUUUCAAAUGUGUGUCCAAUAUUUUUUCUUUAAAAAAAAAAAAAAAAACAAAUUUUUUUGUUAAGAAAAAAAAAAAAAAACAAUACAAAAUUUUUUGUAAUUUUUGUAAAAUAUUGUUAAAAAAAACACACACAUAUUAUUUUUAAACAAAAAGAACACACACACAAUAAUGUUUACAGCUAUGUGGAGAUCAAGAAACUAAUCAUUUUGUUUUUUUCUCUGAGACAAUAAAUCGAGAAUCAACAAUGUUGCGGACAGAGGAAUGUCAAGUACUAAGGCGGAAAAAAACGCGCAUCAAUGGUUUUUGUGGCAACAGAAUCAUUUGCCAUGGACCAAGGCUGCUUUAAAAUAUCCAUAGAUUAUCCCUCAAGCAAUAUCCAGUAUGGGACACAACAGCCAUCAUCCAUCCACAAACAUCAGCAGCAAACAUGAACAACAACGUCCAAAUCAGCCAGCCAGCCGUAAGCAUGUAAAAACUGUAUUUAAAACUGUUAUAUUAUUUUCUUCUGUCUAUGGUUAUUGAGUGCUGGGGGAUACAUCAAUCUCCUCCUUCGCCCAAAAAAUUAAAAGAAAACUUCUAAUCAUACUUGUAAAAAAAACAAUCAUUAUCUAAAUGUUAAAUAAUAAUUCUCUUUUUAUCUGUUUUUCUUUGGUGUCAUGAUAAUAAUGGAUUUAUGUACAAUUAAUUUAUUUUUACUGAAAAAAAAAAAACAAAUUUUCUCAUUCAUAGCAUAAAUUUAUUAUUAAAUAUCUAUUCAUUUUUAAUAUUUAGCUUGUAAGUUCAUCACUUAGGUAGUAUAUAAUCUGUAUAUUAUUUUUCUUAUUAUUAUUAUUGAUUAUUAUUAUAAUUAUUGUUAAUUAUUUACUAAUGUUUAAUAAUUAAGUGAAUUUCAAAAAAAAAGAGAAGAGAAAAGAAGAUGAAAAGGAGUUACAAAAAAAAAAAACUCACUAAAACCAUUUGAAUAACAAAAUGAUAAACGCGCCAUAUAUAACACAUGCUCGUUCUUCAAUCAUUAUAGAUGGAGCCACGUUUAAGUGUUGCCGUCCUCCAUGAUGAUAUAUAUGUGGACAAAAACACUUGCACAACAAAAGAGAAAACUCAAUAAAGAAUUUUAAAAAUUA